CAGGUGAUUUUCUAUUUCCUACUCCGAGCCUACCUUUCCGAUGGGCGACCUAGCGGUUCGUUUGGUUCGGUGUGCUUCGCACGCGUGCAAGUGAAAGUUACAUUACAUCACCACAGUUUAGCAUGGACUUUGUGCAACGACUUUGUGCUAGUAGUUCAGCUAGAAAGCUCCGUUAUCACCUUAGCGGCGAGUAUAAUCUCUAGUUCGUUAGCGAGGCAAGCCGGCAAGUAGCCUAGGCCUCUCGCCGUCCUUUUCGCGCUUGGGGAGAGAAGAAAAAAUAAGUUCUGCAGAGAGCGGACUUCAUGCCGUGCCGUGAUUAAUCCAGGCGGCCACUGUUUCUCAACCAUUGCCCUGCGCACAGACCAUGCACCGAGGGCCACUUUCGUGCCGCGUCCAUCUGUGGCAGCUGCAGUCCAUUCGACCGGGCAGCUGCCUCUCCAGACAUACGCAGCGAGCAUGGUUCACCCACAGGGGCACCUCAUGGCCCAGCCACCCAAGCUGCACAAUUGUGACGGACCACCGUCGAGUUCUGGGCCAGUUGCGGCCUUCUCACCAGCCGCUUGCACUGGUGUUAUAUCGGCCACUGUGGGUGCCUUCAAAGAAACUUUCGGAGAAGGAGUCGUCAAAGGUGGAAGGAACGGUGAAGGCACUCAAGGAAGCCGAGCAUCCUGCGGUGGAUAUGGCAAAGCCGGCCGCAACAGCCCCCGCCCACCCUAUCCCCAAACGCUCGCUUUUGAAGCGGAUAUGGGACGAGUUGGUGCACUACUACCAUGGGUUCCGUCUGUUAUUUAUUGACAUUCGGGUGUCAAGCCGCCUCGUGUAUCGAGUGUUGAACGGCGACAGCCUUACGCGACGUGAGCACAAACAGCUUGUAAGAACAGUUUCAGACUUGUUCCGGCUUCUUCCUUUCUCUGUAUUUGUCAUCGUGCCAUUCAUGGAACUGCUGCUUCCUGUUGCUCUCAAACUUUUUCCCAGCAUGCUGCCAUCAACUUUCCAGACGUCAUCUGCAAAGGAUGCAAAAAUUAAAAAGGAGUUGAAGGUUAAGCUUGAAAUGGCCAAAUUCCUGCAGUCCACCCUGGAUGAAAUGGCGGUAAAAACACGAGGAGAGGCUCACUCCCAGAAUGCAAAGCAGUUUGCUGAGUUCUGUGAAAAGAUACGGGAAAGUGGAGAGCAGGCAACGAGUGAUGAAAUUCUCAAGUUCUCGAAGCUAUUUGAGGACGAAAUUACUUUGGAUAGCCUAACGCGACCACAAUUGACUGCCCUGUGCCGACUGCUAGAGCUACAGCCCAUUGGAACCAACAACUUCCUUCGGUUCCAGCUCCGGAUGAAGCUUCGAAGCUUGAAUGCCGAUGACCAGAUGAUCCAGAAGGAAGGCAUUGAAUCGCUGACCGUGGCGGAGCUGCAGGCAGCCUGUCGUUCACGUGGCAUGCGUGCCAUGGGUCUCCCCGAGCCCAAAUUGCGAUACCAGUUGGCUCAGUGGCUGGACCUGAGCCUCAAGGAGAACAUCCCACCUUCGCUGCUGCUGCUGUCACGGGCCAUGUUCCUCUCGGAGGCUCUACCGGCCACCGAGCAGCUCAAGGCCACCAUCUCCACCUUGCCCAAGGAGGCGGUUACUGAAGCCAAAUACAAAAUUGGUGAGCGAGAAGGAAAAGUUGACAAUCGCACGAAGAUAGAAAUCAUCAAGCAAGAGGAGGAAGCCAUCAAGAAGGAAAAGGAAGAAUCUGCUAAAGAAUCCGAGAAACUGAAAGAGGACCUUGUGAAAAAGGCUGAAGAAGAAAUCCACGAGAUUCUCGAGGACAAGGCCGCAGUUCUUGUGGACAAGGCGACUGAAUUUGAGAAGAAACCUGUCGCCAAAACAGAGGAGUUGACAAAGUCGGACUUUGAGGAAUUGGAAGACGCCUUGGAAAAUAUUUCUGCCGAGAAGAAGCAACUUCUCAUUGAGAAGGAGGAGCUUGAGGACCUGAAAGAAGAAAUGGCAGAGUAUAAACAGGAUGUGGAUGAACUGAAAGAUGUGGUGGUCAAGACAGGAACACGAGACAUCCAGGAGUCCAAGGCAGCCACACGCUUGUACAACAGAGUGAACCGCAUCAUUGGCAACAUGGACCACCUGAUUGACAAGCUCAAUGAGGAGCGCAAGUCCAUGCAGAUUGAGAUUGACUCUACAGAAGGAACUGCCAGUGAAGUGACUAAAGAUAACCUGAUUGAGAUCAACGACCUAGUGCUAGCAAUAAGAAGAAUUCAAAAAUCAUCAAAUGACACUCGUCUCGAAAUGAUCACCGAAAUCUUGGACACGCUUGACAUUGACAAUGAUGGUGCAGUGAAGAUUGAUCACGUGCUAAAGGUGAUUGACACUCUAGGUCGUGAAAAUGUCAAAGUGAACCCUGCCCAGAUGAAGGAAAUCAUUGAACUUCUCCUCAAGGAAGAGUUUCUUCAUGCCCAAACAAAGGAGCAGCAAAACCAUGAAAAGCAAGCACAAGCAUCCAGCAGCGUUGAGGAGGCACACACCCAGAGCCAGCCACCUCUGGAAAAGCAGCAGGAAAAUAAGAACCCUUAGUGUGGUGUACAAUCUGUUACUUUGCCAUGUAAUAUAUGUGCAUUAGAGCUUGGUUCUAAGUGUGAGCAAAAGGCAGUGGUGUGAGAUGUAACUUAAGGCGGCAACUUGUGCAUCUUUAGAAUAGUGGCUUGUUGCCUAGGCACUCCGGUGCUAUGGGACCUGGACUGCACAAAAGAGUCUGAGCUCGAUUGGUGCCGCAAGAGUUUGAGCUCUACCGUCAGACGUGCUUCUUUGUGGGCAUGUUUUUUGUUUUUUUAUGGGCAAGUUUUUAGGUGCUUGAGUGGGGGCUGGAAGUGCACACUCGGUUCCAAAUCUGUAGCAUGUCUGCUCUUCGUGUACAUAGUUUGCACUGACGUCACUUGUUCAGACAUAAUGGGGGAAAAGGCACGUGAGAGGGUAGCUUCCGCCGCAUCAACGAGACGCUUCUGGCCACCAGAAAGGGGUGCACUGACGUCGCGUGCAAACCAUGUAUUCCUUUACACUUGUUUUUUAUGUUAACCCUCACACAGUCGGUGUCAAAAGACAGGCCGAGUGAAUAUUCUUGUUGCGACUUGUGAGCUGCAAAGGUUUUAACUGCCGCAGGAGUGCAACUUGCCUUUGGUACUGUCAUCCAGUAUUGCUUAUUAUUUCCUAUGGUUAUGCACGCAGAACAUUCUUUUUCUAAAGAAUGUUAGGCACUAAAACACAUUUGAACAUUUAAAAUGGAUCUGCUUUCAGGGGCAGAUUUAGAGGGGGUGUCCGGAUGUCCUGACCCCCCUCUUGAUUUUGCAUGUGUAAAAUUUAAGGCGUAAAACGAAGGAGAGCAGGAGGGGGUUCCUAAACAUAUGGUACGCUGACCAACACCUAACCACCCCCCCCCCCCCCCCCCCCCCCUCUCACGAAAUUCCUGCAUCUGCCCCUGUCUGCUUUUGGGCAAAAUAUGCAUGCAACUGUAAGGUUGGCACAGUGUGGUCACACUGAGCUAGGUUUUGAAGUGUCUUUCACAUUACCUAUUAUUGAGAGCACAGUUUUCCCUAGAAGUGCUUAGAAGUUUUAGUAGUUGCUUGCAGCAUCAGAAGGAAUUAAAAGCAGUUCACUACCAUUUAGCUCAUAAUAAUUGGCUAAAUGUCUUGUAAUUUGAAUUAUGUUGAAUUUAGUUGAUAUGUACAUUGUUGGAUAAAGGCUAAAUGUUUGUUAAUUAA